UUUGUCACGCAGGGGAAAAGAAGUCUUUGCAACUAAGGAUCGGCUAAGUGUGUUGUUUUGCGUGUUUUCCGCUCAAAAGCUUGCAGUUACGAAACAUACUUCAGUCUUUUUUGGCAACAGAAAACACAUGUUGGCUCCUGUUGAUGAUGUUGUGGCGUGGGGAGAGUCGCUUGACCAUCUUCUGGAGUAUAAAACAGGCCAGCUGGUGUUUGAGGACUUCUUGAGGACAGAAUACAGUGAGGAGAACCUUCUGUUCUGGCUGGCCUGUGAGGACUACAAGAAAAUUACCAAUGAGACAGAUAUGAUGGUUGCUGCCAAAAGGAUCUUCGCAGAGUUUGUCCAAGUAGAUGCGCCCAGACAGAUAAACAUUGACUGUGUGACGAGAGAAGAAAUCAGUGAAAAUCUCUCUCAGCCGGGGCCAAAUUGCUUCGACAGGGCGCAGAGACUGAUCUAUGGUCUGAUGGAAAACGACUGUUAUCCGCGAUUUCUGAAAUCAGAAAUCUACCAAGCCCUCCUGGAACAGCAAUGAAGGCGACGUGAGGAAAAAAAACCUCGUCUGACACCUCUGAGUGAUUGAUUUUGCACGUCAGCCGAUUCGCUUUAGAAUCUCAGUUUUUUGGAAAAAAAGCAAAAAAGGCUUGUCUGUCAGAGGAGGCUGAAGUGCAAGUAGAUGCAGAGCUGUAGGUACGAGGACUUACAGCCAAACAUGAUCUAAAUAAUAUAUUAACCAGUUUUUGAAGUCAGUUUUGUUUGGAUUGCUUUAUAUUGCGCAAAGAAAGGCUGACACCAAUUCUGAAAGACUGUUUGGAAAGACAAAUAUAAAAGGGUAAAAUGUCUGUAAUUUGUAUACACAAAUUUAAUUUCUGGUACCAUUAAAUUAAUUCUAAUCAAGAAGGGCCCAUUUUGUGUCUGACGAGUUUGAAAAACUGCCAAAGGGAACAAUAUGAGCCUCCGGUUUUUGUUAGCCCAAUGACUCUGUGUAGCAUCAUCUUGGACUGUUAGAUUGAUUAGAUUUUGUGUGCGAUUCCACCUUCUCAUUACAUGUAACAUGAACAAACAUUGUGUGUUAGUAUAGAAUCCAAAAACCUGUUAUGAUCCUGUUGCAUUUCUGAAUUAAUCAGUUACCAGCAGUGUAUUUAGUCUCUACCACCCAUGGAACUUUGUUGAAAGCACAAUAAUGGAAACUGCAUGCAUGUCAUACCCUCCUCCUUAUCUUUGAUAAGUUAUUUUUGCACAGUAAACACUGUGUUAAAAUUAA